CGUUGAUACGAAAAUGAAGAACGUGGAAUGUCUGCCUAACGAUAAAGAAUAUUGUUUCUGGUGCGUUUUCAACUUGGACUAUAUUAUCUAUGGAAUAUUAACAAUAGCCUUAAUAAUAUUGUUCGUGUAUUUCAUGGUGAUCACUUAGGAUGAAGCUUCAGAAUUCAGACUGUUACUAUGAAAUAAUCAGGCGAGACUAUGGAAAACCGACACAUAAACAACGCUCCGCAUGAAGAUGUUGCGAAAGGGCUCAAUUCACCCGAAAUACGAUCGAACAAAAACAUACCUUAUGUCGACGAGUUCGUCGAACUAGAACAUGUAAAAGCCAAUGAACCAAUGCGACCAAAACGACUCAGAGACGUAGAAAAAAAUGAUGUUGAGGCAUUUGAUGUAAAAGAAGAUAGAAAAAUUCAUGCGUCAGAUUUAGGUGCAGUUCAUUCUCCAAAUAGUGAUACAAUCGUUGUAGACACGCCCGAAGGAACACUUUAUAUAACACUUGAUCCCGAAUCUUCUAAAUCAUCAAAACCUACAAGUCCAAGUACCCAAUCUACUGAUAUAUCUGAGACGACACCUACUACGCCUAAAGCAUUUGGAACUCGGGAAUCAGAUGAUUUGAUAACAGUGGAAAGAGAAGUAGAGCAACGAAGAACGAGUCUAAGAAGGAAUUCAAUAUCAAUGCCGACUCUGCCAAAUAUGGAAUUGCUGAAGCAAGAGUACAUGAGGAACACACAAGAUCAGAUCCCUGAACAUCACCAAAGUUCAGCGUCCGUCUUCAGUGAUGGCGAUACACCUGCGGAUGAAUCCAACGUACUGUCAGACGAAGAACGCACCAAAGUACCUCUUAGAUCACCUCGUCGUAAAUCAACAGCUCCUCGAAGAUUCAGAUCAGAAUUCAGCAUGGAUGACGACGAGUACUCCCCAAGUAACUCGGUGACCAGCGUAAACUCGCUAGCUAGUUUGUUGAAGGAAAAAUUACAGAGCAUCCCGCAGAAGAUAAGAAAGAAACCUACCGAUUACAAGCUUCGAGCUUUCGUUGGUCUCAUGUUCCUCGCUGUCGUAUUCUUCGUUGGCUUCGCGUACGUCCUCUACCACCAGCAGGCUCUCACCAAGGCGUACUUCCAAAACGUACAGUUCAACGAACCGAAACGACUCAUCAGGGUUUUCAAUAAGGACGACGUGGAAAUUUUGAAAGCUAGCUUGGCUGUCGGUAUUCAAGGCAAGCAAAAAGCAUUUCCCUGUCUCCCUGAACAUCGUCGAUCUGAUGGGUCAGAAUGCUUGGAAUGGCUUCACAAUCUACGUUUCUAUUUAAAAUGUCUUCCCCAUGACCCUGGCGUUGAUAAUACCACUUGCUAUUCUGUUCAUUGGAAAGCUUUAAAACCAGAUGUCACACCAAACGACUGCUUCGAUUGGAGCGAUACAAAGGUACACUGGUUCGGUGCCGGUCAAUCAAUUAACCUCACAUGGCCACUUAACACUGGAACCAUUGACUACACACCAUUUAUAACUGGUGAUAUGCAAAAAUCUCAAUGGGGUAAUGUCCUAACACGGUACUUGAUUAACUCCAAAGGAGCUGCCAUAAUUAUUGAUGAAGAAACUCCAUUGCACAUUUCUGUUAAUAAAGAAAGAAAAGAAAUAUGUCUUAAAGCCCAAUUUGACGAUUUUGCUUUUGCCAAUAGACUUACAGAAUUUCCUGAAAUGAAAUACAAUAUAUGUACGUCUAGAGAUAUGAAAUCGUUGCACACAUCCAUUCACAGUCACAGACGUGCUCCAUUAUGGGAUGGACUGAAACCAGCUGAUAUGAAAACAUUGGAAUCUUUAAUAUCUGAACCAGUAUGGCAGAUUGCGCCUCGAUUCAGACACGAAUUGCAAGACGAGACAAUUUCAAAAUAUACAGAAGACGUAAUCAAUUUAGGUUUUCUAAAACAAGGUCAUGUAUUAAUAAACGAAUUUUGGCAAAACGAAAUCGGUGAUCUCACUGUGGAUGCGAGUCGAUUCGCAACUUUAAAUGUAACCGUGGACAAACUUCACAGGCGAGGGUUCAAAGUAGCAUUUACUAUUCAACCAUUUAUAAGUACAGAGAGUAAAAACUUCGCUGAGACUGUGCAAAAGAGACUGCUUGUUAGUGAAAGAAAUAGCGAUAGACGUAUACCAGCUUUAUCUAGAUUUAAAACAUCAGCUAGUGCUGGUGUUUUAGACAUCACAAACGAAAGAUCCGUCCCUUGGAUAUUAAAUAAACUUCAAGCUGUUAUAGAUGAAUAUCAUAUAGAUUCAUUUUAUUUUGAUCUCGGGACCGCGUAUGACAUGCCUCAUUACUACCGCUGUGAGAAGCAAUUAAUUAACCCUGAUCAUUACAAAACAGUUUUCACUAGAACUUUUGAAAAAACAUUAAACAUAAUUGGAGUCUCUUCAGCUGUUAGUUUGCCGAGGCCUCCUACGUUUGUCUCUUUACCUCCAUUCGAAUCAACUUGGGAAGCGUUAAGACGAGUUAUACCGACGAUGCUAACUUAUGGUGUAAAUGGAUUUCCUUUCACAAUGCCAGGAGCUGUUGGUGGUGAUAUAUAUUGGCCUGGUAGUGAACAAUUUCUACCUUCUUCUAAAGGAGCGGUGGAAUCUAAUUCAAAUACCACACAAGAUAAUGGUAUUGCAUUACCAGAAAGAGAGCUCUACAUGAGAUGGCUACAAAUGGCUACAUUUUUACCAGUUAUGAAGUUCACACAUCUCCCUAGCAAAUACAACGAUGAGAGAGUGCUAGAAAUGGCGAAAAACUUGACGCUAUUAAGACAAAAACUUGUAACUCCCCUCCUGCUGAAGUACAAACGGGAAGCGCUAGAGGAGGGCUUGCCAUUGGUGCGUCCGCUGUGGUUGGUGGCAGACGGAGACGCGCCGCUAUUGGUACAAGACGAGUUCGCGAUCGGUGACGAGAUCGUCGUGGCACCUGUACUGAGACAGGGAGAAACUACCAGAGAAGUGUAUCUCCCAGCAGGACUUUGGCAAGAUGGCAUCGACGGUUCUUUACGUAAGGGAAACAGAUGGAUGCACGAAUACAAAGUUCCAACAGAACGUGUCGCGUACUUCCUGAGAAAACCAGAUGAUUUGCGUUUCAAAUAAAAUCUUAAAUUCUAAAAGACGAGAAGAAUAUGCAUAUUGCCAAAUUAUUUUUAAACGAGUUGUAUUACGCUAUUUGCGAUAAGUUUCACCAAGCAUUCUAAAAUUUUGAUGAACAUUAUCAAACACAUAAAAAGGUCGUGUAAAACAGCCCCAAUUUAAAUCAUAACUGUCAUUACAAACUUUAGAUUUUUUCAUUACUAGAUUUAAGAAACGUUGAUCUGUAACUGUUGAUCAUUAACUAAUACUAGUUCAUACUAAAAAUAUGUUAAAAACCUAAAACUUCUUCAGGAUUUUCUGCCUUGAUUAUACAACCAAUUAAUAAUGAACAAUAACAUCUUAAGAGUUGAUAUUGUUGUGUUGUUGAUGUGAAUCAAAAGUUAGAUGUUCAUUCGUUCGAAGUAAAAUAAAAACUGACUGUAGUGCUUAGUUCACCUCGUCAUCCUGUUCUGGAUAUAGACGUAUUCGUAAUUCUUAAAUUUGAAGGUUGAGUGAACUGAUGUGAUUACAGGCACAAGGGACUUAACAUCUUAGAUUCAUAAUUGAAAAUACAUUGGUAGUAAGUUAAACACAAAUUGUAGGAGAACAAGAAUUUUAAUUACAAGAUUAAUUGCGUUUUAGAUUUAAAUCAAGUCUAUUGCUUCUUAUGAAUUUAGUCCCGCGUUUAGACCUUCUUGCUCUGGUUUGGAAUUGAACAUAGCCUUAAUAAAUACGACAAUAUGGUUCUCCAACCGUUUGACCAAAUUAAAUCACAAUGUUAGUUUUUAUAUGAUCUAUGAUCGUAUUCUAACUUUGGAAUGGUAGAACAUUUUUCAAAAAUCGAAUCGUCAUAUACCGUUAAAUGUACAUUUAAUAUUUUAGAAAAAUUCUUGAAACUUUGACAGAUAUAUAAUUUUUUGAAAGUGAGGUUGAACAUAGAACUACUUAGGUUCUAAGUCUGGAAGUGCCAAGUGAAAUUUUCUUGCAAAAAACAAUAAUAAACAAAGAGCCACCCUCGGGUGACAUAUCUACAUAUAAACUUAAAAAAAGAAUGUAAUUUAAUGCAAUGAGAUUAGUAAAUAAGAAAAUAAACGACGAAAGGGCAUACAAUACAGUA